AUGGGUCGCAACGACGGCGAGAAUAGCACGUAUCUUGAGAACCUCCCGGCAGAGUUAAUCAAUCUCAUCGUUGACUAUCUUCCGGUGAGGGACCAACAAAGCAUUUCAUGGUGUUCCAAAACAUGCUAUCACCUUACAUUCCCAUCCCGUAUGCGUACACGGAGCGUUAUUCCUACAGAGGAUGCAAUAAACCUUUUCGGACGUGAUGGUCCCUUCUUGGGAACAGCCAUUCGGUCGAUUCAUUUCGAGAAGUCUUGGGACUGGCCCAGCACCAUAUCCGAACGCAGGCUGAACCCUGGUGGAUACAGCAAUUUCAAUAUUGUCCUCAACCGACUGCAAAAUUAUACAUCGUCACUGCAGUACUUCGAAAACAUCACAGACCUAUGUGUCAACUACCAGGUUCGAAUGGUGUCUGAAAAAGGUGUUUUUGCUGUAGUAUUCAAAGCUAUUGCCAAACAGCCGUUUUUUCAGAAGUUAAAGAGAUUUGAAAUCAUACUUUACAUUGAUAAAAUAAGCGAAGCUGGAGAAGCUGACGCUUUAAUGGGAGAUAAGUUUUUUGAAGAUGGAAGGGAUAUCGACGGGGUAGUAAAUGAACUUGUGAAACCAAUGGCCGCGUUGGAGAUUGCCAGGAUUUCAGUAAAUGGCCUUGCACUCCCGUGGGACCGACGUUUGGGUCGCAUAGAUCUAAGGGGAUAUUACUACUACCCACUAUUCAAGGCGCCGGGAUUAAGAGAUUUGACGAUAGAGACAGAUGGGUACGGUUAUUACUUUAAUCCCGUUGAUACAGAAGAAAUAAUCAAUGGGGUAACGUUUCCCACUUUCGAAAGCUUGCGAGUUCUAAGAAUCACCAGAAACGAACUCCCAGGAGCGAUAGAGAGCAAUAUGAAGAAAUUAGUGGCUCUCUUUCCCAACUUGGACUCGCUAUUUAUAAAAUCUUACAACUAUGAUUAUCGACCAACCGCCAAAUCGAGCGACUACCUUUCGAUUUGCGAACUCGAGGAGCUGAAAUACUUGGAGUUACCUUGGCCAGGAGGCGGGGACCCGCGCGGACUCUCACCAGCUAACGAACUCGAAGACUUUGUACACGAUUGGUUGAAAGCUGGGGCUAACAAGUUGGAGCAGAUCACUUUUAGUGGGAGGAGACGUCUUGCCGGCCUAAAGGAUUCUAUUGGCAUACAAGCUUUGUAUUUAGUUCAUAGGGUUGAUGCAGAGCCUGGAUGGGAGCUAGAGAGUUGGCUACCUACAAGAUAG